CUCAUAGUAAAGAACAAGGGUUAAGAACUGGAAACUUUGCAGACAACACACGUGACUCAAUAGUCGUCUAAUUUUCCUGACAUUCGCUCAGUUGGCCGAUUUUCAUUUCAAAAAUGGGUAAAACCAAGAAAACGAGAAAGAUUGUCUUGCAGAGGUUUGCUCAGAUGAAAAAGAUGAUCAAUCCAAAUGAUUCCCGCAUAAAAGAGAGUGAGAGAACACCCAAAAGGGCAAAGAAAGAGGAUCCCGACAAGUUAAAAAUAGUUGAGGCUCCUCAGACAUCAUCAGCCCUCUUCUUUCAGUACAACACUCAACUGGGUCCUCCUUACCGCAUUCUAAUAGAUACAAAUUUUGUCAACUUCUCAAUCAAAAACAAACUUGAUAUCAUGCAGAGUAUGAUGGACUGCCUCUAUGCCAAAUGUAUUCCUUACAUAACAGAUUGUGUGCUAGCUGAGUUAGAAAAAUUGGGAAAUAAGUACAAAAUUGCUUUGAGAAUAAUCAAGGAUCCAAGAUUUGAAAGACUUCCUUGUAUGCAUAAAGGAACCUAUGCUGACGAUUGUCUUGUUAAUAGAGUUACUCAGCAUAAAUGCUACAUUGUAGCUACAUGUGAUAAGGACCUUAAGCGGAGAAUAAGAAAGAUUCCUGGUGUUCCCAUCAUGUUUAUCUCUCAGCAUAGGUACACAAUCGAAAGGAUGCCAGAUGCCUAUGGAGCAACCAGAACCUGAUAAGGGUAUCACUCUAAAGCUAAUUGAUGUUUGUUUGUAAAUAAUGUGAAAUAAUAAUUAUAACAAAUUGCUGUUUGAAGAGCAGCAGGAAAUACAUAAACUUUGUAUUUUGUAUCUCAUAA